UUUACAGCUGGGAGAAAGAAGCAACCAUGGCCGCUGGCGAUCCUCUCCAGGGGCUCUGUAAUGAAACAAAGUGCCCCAUCUGCCUGGAUUACUUCCAAGACCCAGUGACAACUGACUGUGACCACAAAUUUUGCCGGGCCUGCAUCACCCAGUGCUUUGGGGAGUCCAGCACCCGAGCUUCCUGCCCUCAGUGCCGAGAAAUGAUUCAACGAAGCAGCCUCAGGCCUGACCGACACCUGGCAAAUGUGGUAGAGCUUGUGAGGAAACUCGAGAGAGGAAAAGUAAAAGAAGGGAAGACUGGAGUGUGUGAAAGACAUCAGGAACCCCUGAAACUCUUCUGCCUGGAGGAUAAAGCCCUUAUCUGCUGUGUCUGUAACAGAUCCAAAGAACACCAACAUCACAGCACACUUCCUGUUGAUGAGAUUUCCCAAGACUGCAAGAAACAAAUCAAAACCCAGAAAAAAUAUUUGGAGAAACAAAGAGAACACUUUCUGAACUUGAAACUAGCGCAAGAGGAGGAAACUCAGAAAAAUCUGACGCAAAUAGAAGCAGAGAAGCAGAACAUCAGGUCUGCCUUUGAGCAAAAGCACAAGUUUCUUGAGGAGCAGGAAAACCUCAAGCUGUCCCACCUGGAAGACCUGGAGAAAGAUAUUGGCAAGCAAAAUAAAGAAAAUAUUGACAGGCUUUCUGAGGAGAUUUCCCGCCUCAGUCGCCUGAUCUCAGAUAUGGACAGGAAGUGCAAACUGCCGGCAACUGAAUUCCUACAGGACAUCCAUGGAAUGAUGAGCAGAUGGAACAUCAUGCUGGGAAAGGUAUGGGUUCUGAUGGUGCUGCACAAAUUGCACUGGCUGCCAAUCGAGUAA